CCUCCGACCGAUUAGGAACACCACCAUGCUGCGUGCCUGCAUCGUCCUCGCCUUGGCCACCAGUGCCUUCGCUGGUAACGUUGGCCACAUUGCCGGUGGCUACACCCUCGCCAGCAACCUCGGCUACGGCCUUGGCUACGGAAGCCUCGGCUAUUCUGGUCUCGGCUACGGUGGCCUUGGUCUUUCCCAUUACGGUCUGUCCCAUGGAGUUGGCUACUCCGGCGUGACCGGCUACGGUGCUGGCUUCGGAUACGGAUACGCCCCCGCUGCCAGCUACGCCGUCGCUGCUCCAGCUGUUACCCGCACCGUCUCCACCUACCACGCUGCCCCAGCUGUCACCAGGGUGGUCCAGGCCGCUCCAGUCGUCCAGACCUACGCUGCUGCCCCAGCUGCCACCAGGGUGGUCCAGUCCGCUCCAGCUGUCACCUACGCCGCUGCUCCAGCUGUGACCAGGGUCGUCCAGUCCGCCCCAGCUGUCACCAGGGUGGUUCAGGCCGCUCCAGUUGUCCAGACCUACGCUGCCGCCCCAGCUAUCACCAGGGUGGUGCAGUCCGCUCCAGUUGUCACCUACGCCGCUGCUCCAGCUGUGACCAGAGUCGUCCAGUCCGCCCCAGCUGUCACCAGGGUGGUCCAGGCCGCUCCAGUUGUCCGGACCUACGCUGCCGCCCCAGCUGUCACCAGGGUGGUUCAGUCCGCUCCAGUUGUCACCUACGCCGCUGCUCCAGCUGUGACCAGGGUCGUCCAGUCCGCCCCAGCUGUCACCAGGGUGGUCCAGGCCGCUCCAGUUGUCCAGACCUAUGCUGCCGCCCCAGCUGUCACCAGGGUGGUCCAGGCCGCUCCAGUUGUCCGGACCUACGCUGCCGCCCCAGCUGUCACCAGGGUGGUUCAGUCCGCUCCAGUUGUCACCUACGCCGCUGCUCCAGCUGUGACCAGGGUCGUCCAGUCCGCCCCAGCUGUCACCAGGGUGGUCCAGGCCGCUCCAGUUGUCCAGACCUAUGCUGCCGCCCCAGCUGUCACCAGGGUGGUUCAGUCCGCUCCAGUUGUCCAGACCUACGCUGCCGCCCCAGCCGUCACUCGUGUCGCCACCUAUGCUGCCCCAGCUGUCACCAAGGUUGUCCAGUCCACUCCAGUGGUCGCCAGCUACGCCGCUGCCCCAGCCGUGACUGCUGUCCACGCUGCCCCAGCCUUCGCCACCUACGGUGUUUCCCACGUUGCCCACGCUGCCCCAGCCGUUGCUACCUACGGUCUUGCUCACGCUGCCCCAGCCUACUACGGCUACGGUGUUGGCUCCCUCGGCUACGGUGCUGGCAGCUACGGUUACGGCCACGGUCUCCUCGGCUACGGUCUGAACUACGGCUACGGCCUUGGCUCUCCUCUCAGCUACUCCACCCUCCUCCGCAAGAAGAAGUAAAUUUUCUUUAUCUUGCAACUCGGACCGGACACAAACCACACAGCCAUGGAGAUUCAGAUUUUCUGGUUUCGAUGAUGUGCAAUCAUUGUUAUGGCAGAAUAAACUGUUUG